AUGUUUUUCUUCAAGCAUUGUGAAAUACGAGCUGACUAUUGGGUCAUAUGGAAUGUUUCAUUUCACUACGCAAACAACUGCAAUCGCAGUCGAAUAGGAAAGGUUAAGAAGAAAGGUCCAGGAUCAUCUCUUAUGCAAGACCUGAACUUUCUUUCUUUGAAAGAAUUUUACAACAGCAUUCCAGAUUACAGCGACAUAAAUCAUCUUCCAGAAAAAGAAUUCUAUCGCGAAUUAAAUAAUUUAAAGAAAAAGCAACAAGAAUUGACACUUUGCAAGAAGAAAGAUGUUAAAUGUAAGAGUGGGAAAAGCAAUUCUCGUUUAUCAAAUCCAUUGGAUUAUUCCAUCGGACACGAUGUAGAAGUUAAACGUCAUUUAAAUGAACGAAUAAGUUUCGCAGAUGAUGGAAAUUCAAUAAGUUCAUGGCAAAUGGAUUUUGGAUCAAUAAGUUGCAGAAAGCGAGAAAAUCGGAAUCAGUCACGGUUGUCGUCAGCAACAUCACGUCCUAGAACAAGUCGAGCUGAGUCGAGAUGUCAAAAGCUGCAACCGUCACGAUUGUCAAACAUUCAAGAUGACUACGACAUGUUGAAUUGUUUAAAAAGUUUCAGAAGCAAAUCAAUCAGUCCAACACGAAGUCAAAUCAAUGAUGCGAAAUAUCAAAAAGCUUUCGAUCAUGAUAAUAAAUUUUAUAGUGACGUCACACAAGAUAAAUUCCAAAGUGUUGAACAUGCAACGAAACGUGAUCCAAUCAAAGAUAUUCCUAUUACUUCCAGAAUCCCGCUCUUCAAAGAAGUUAUGGAGGAUCAGAAGCAUAAGUAG